CGAAGCUUCGUUUAUAUUUGGUUGGUGAGAGGAGCACCGUCUUAACGUAUAACGUAAUGAGAGAUUAGUUUGUGCAGUCUCAAAACGUAAAUCCUGGAAAAUAAGUCUUACCUCCUAAUAAAUUCCCUUCGUUAUAGCAUGUUUUAAUCGUUCCUUCAUAAGCAGAUACGCUUCCCAUCCCCAUCACCCUGACACGAAGCAGCAGACAUGGUGGAGCCAACACACAAGUUUGCAUCCCUAGAAGAGGAGAUGGGCUUCUGGAAGGAGCAGGCAGAGGCACAUCAGCAAAGGGCUGAUGAGGCUCAGGAGGAGCUGCAGGAGUUUCAGCAGAUGAGUCGAGACUAUGAAGCGGAGCUGGAAAUGGAGCUGAAGCAGUGUGAGACUCGAAACAAAGAUCUGCUAUUAGACAACAACCGACUACGCAUGGAAUUGGAAAACAUAAAGGAAAAAUUUGAGACGCAGCAUUCUGACGCUUUUAGGCACAUAUCAACCCUGGAGGAAAAUCUGGCACAAACCACAGCAGUGAGAGAUCACCUGCAGAAAUACAUCAGAGAGCUAGAGCAGUCCAACGACGACCUGGAGAGGACUAAACGAGCCACCAUCAUGUCUCUGGAGGACUUUGAGCAGCGGAUGAACCACGUCAUAGAGAGGAACGCUUUUCUGGAAAGCGAGUUGGACGAGAAAGAGAACCUGCUGGAGUCUGUGCAGAGGCUGAAGGAUGAAUCCAGAGUGAAGAAGAAGCAUGUAACUUCCAGGAACAUCCAUAACAUGGACUAUGAGUUUUCUGUGAGUUUGUAUGAAAAUGAGCGCCUCCUGUUUGUGUCAGACCUUCGGCAGGAGCUGGCUGUGCGUCACAAGGACAGACGGCCGUCCAGCAGCCUGGGCAAAGACGCAGACCUGCUGUGCUCCCCCUCCGGUAACACUGCCGUCCCAGUAACACCCGCCAAGCCCAUCAGCUCAUUCGCUACCCCCCCUCCUUCCAGUAUACGGCGAGGCGAUGGUCUAACGGGGACUCCCCUCACCACAUCUGCUAGAAUAUCUGCACUCAACAUUGUCGGGGAGCUACUCAGAAAAGUUGGAAAUCUGGAGUCAAAGUUGGCGUCCUGUCGAGACUUUGUGUACGACACGUCUGUCAGCAGACCUGCACUCUCAGCUGGCCCCGGUAGUCCCUCUGCUUUAGAGAGGGGGUCCGACGUCCAGGCGAGCAGCAUGAGCCCCCCCCCUCAGUACGACAGUCUAGUGAAGCGGUUAGAGUUCGGACCGGCUCCUCCUCGAGGCGUCUCCCAGGGCGCCCAGUCUCCGCAGGGAGGAGUCAAAAUUCUACUAUGAGGGGAAAGAAGAAGACCCACCUCUCUCCUUCAAUAACCUGCCCCACCCCCACACACACACUGUCCCCUCUCCAUCCUUAAUACACUUCAGCAGUGGGACUUUGAACUAAACCGUCUUCCCUUGUUGCAGCGUGUCCUGCUGAACUAUUUUUGAAAAAGGACGCCACUCUCCUCGCCCUACAUUCCCAGCACAUGGACUCCAGCUGCCUCAGGCUACAGUCGCGCCGUAUCUAUCACAGGAAGCAGCGUGUGUGAACUCGAGGAGCGCAGAACUUACCCUGCUAGCUCUUCUCAAUAUCUGUGACACUGUGGUGGGUAGCAUAUUAAAAAACAGGGCCGUGGAAACGUUACUCCUCCCCAAAAAUACAUUUAUGGGGGUCGAUGCAUCAUGACAUUAUCAAUAACAGCAUGUGACCCUGAUAAAGGACCAAGAACCUGGAGUUUAAUUUCUAGAAAAGGUUUGAUAGUAGAAAAAUAUUGUUAAUGACCAAAUCCAAACCAAAGCUGAUCAGAGAUAAAAGGGAGGGUUUAGAGGUAUUUUCUCUUUGAAUCUGAUAUUUAUAAAACAUGGUAAGACUUAAUUAUUUCAAUAACACAUCUGUUUUCAUUCUUUAUGCCUGAAUUAUGUAGCAACAUCGGCAUAAAUUAAAGGUCCCAUGUCAUGCUU